GUAAUGUAAUAUUAUUUGAUUGUUAAUGCCUCUCAUGUUAUUAUGGUGUUGGGUUGUUUGUAUGUGGUCCCUUCCCCUGGAAUAUGACAUGCAGAGGUCUGGCUAUGCUCUGUCCCAUCUGGAGAUUUCUUUGACCAUUUCUCAAAACAAUAAGAUCCUGAUAAGGUGUCUUACUGGUAUCAACAAUGAUUGUGAAGAGGAAUAUUGAGGAGGUACCAGUUUUUUCCCUAUCAAAAGACAUCCACAUUCGAAAUUAAUAAAUAAGGUAUCAUUGGUGGUCCUGCCUUCAUUUUCUAUUAUACUCAUGCCAAAUGUUAAAAAACAAACCAAUCCUUAUAACAAAGCUGAAUCUUUACUUUUGUAUAGAAUAUGGCAUAUUUCCAAAUACAGUUGAUUAAGUCAUUGAUUUAUAUCUAAUAUAAUUUGUGAAUCGUAAUGAUUGUGCGUCCUAACCUCGAUGCUGUCGUCUGACUAAUUCCACAGCGCAGCUACUAUAAGGAGUACAUGUUUUGUGUCACAAAGGGGAGACUUGGCGCCUGCGCAAUCUUGUGCGUUCCCAGUAUCCAUUGCAGGAAAGGACGCCCCGGAAGUCAUACGACUGGAUAAUAUGGAUUAUAUUCUAUAAUAUAAACACCAAUCUCGCUCAUUGAAAAUAGUCCCGCCGUCCAUGUAUAUACUGUCAAUGAAUCCGGCGAAAAUCGGCUCCAACCGAACACGCCCAGUUUUCGACGCAUUCCGACGAAAUUCGGCUCUAGGCGACCAAACCCCUUCUCUCGUCGUGGUGAAAGUGUCCCCGACAGACAGAUGCAGUGCUUUGGGUCGUGGUCAGGUGUGUGCUGAUGUCAGUGAUGGGAUCCCCAGAGUGCUUUGUUGUUGCUGCGAGACAGUUCUUGACAUCAGGAAAGAAGAAAUUCUUGUCGGUGCCUUCAUGCUUGAGCCUUGCUGUCCAGGUCUUAGCUGUAGAUUCAGGUCUGAAGCCUGCAAUGGUGUAUGACACAAACUCAGCAGGACCAGAUCAGGUCCAGCGGUACCUUGACAAGCUGCGAGCAUUGGGCCAUGUGAAAAAUGCAGUACGCAUAGUCACAAUCGACGAUAAUAUCCUUAUUAUAAAUUUAGAUCUGAUUAUCAUGCACUUGGAAGAGCUUCUCCUGAAAAAGAAUGUUGCUGUAAUUGACGUGUCCAAGUCUAGGGACCAGCCUGCACUGGCUACAAUGGAAUCCAGUGGCAUUGAGGAGUCGAUGCAGGGAAUUCUGCAUAGUUUGAGAACAUUGGAGAGGGACAGCCUAGUGGUCCCUGCAGUAGGAGAGCAGCUGUGUGCUGGAUGGAACUUGUGCUCUGUGUAUGGGAUCCUCCUGGGCUUCCCAGCCACCUAUUGGUUUGACCAGAAGAGGAGCUUUGAGAACUGCCUGAGCAUGGUGCCGCUGGUGGUCACCACGGCAAGGGCUUCCUGGGAUGCCGUUGCCGGGGGCUACAAGCAGGUUUUCUCCUCCUUCAGCAUCCCACAACUGCUAAUAAAAGAGACUCAGCCCUUAUUGGACUCAUGGACAGAAAAACUGCAGGAGCGAUUCAGUCAACAGUCCACCUUCUCUGCACUUACCGUUUCCACGGAGACGGUCCGAUUGCCCUCGCUUUCCCUCUGACUGACUUCAUGUCCAAAUAUUUUAGAAUAAGUAUUUUACAGAAAAAUUACCAAAUGUCUCAGCAAUUACUUCUGGCUGUUACAGAAACAUACACUUGAUUAAUCAAUUCAGAUCAUUUAAAUGGGGUGUUGCAAAUUCCAGUUUUGUUCUUUUUUUUUGUUCUUUUGUUCUUCUUUGUCACAUCAGCACACAUCAACAUUUGACAAUAAAUAGGUUAUGGAUCCAAUGAAUGAUGGCUGAGAAGUCAAAUGAGUUCAUUUUAAUGGGAUCCAUGCCCUGUACAAGACUCGUACAGUAUUUGGAUUUAUGGGUCACUCAUCUUGGAUUGUAAUCAAGACCAUCACAGAGCAGUGUGAAUCCUAACAUCACACAAUAAUCAUUUUCUGGUGCUUGUAUUGUGCAAUCAUGUUGAGUGCAUCUUGGCCCUGUUAAAUAAAUUUAAAUGUAUACUUU